AUGUCCUCACCCCCGAAGUCACCACCAAUAACCCUCUACCGCGGUCUCCCAGGAACAGGAGUCUACACCUGGUCCCCGUUCGUAAUCAAACUCGAAGCCCGACUGCGCUUCGCCGGUAUACCCUACCGCGUGGAGGCAGGAUCCCUCCGCAACGCACCCAAGGGCAAAGUUCCCUACAUCUCCAUCCCGGAGCCAAACAUCCACGAAAAUCCCUCUCCCCCACUCAUGGGCGAUUCAACGAUGAUCACGAAGACAUUAAUCGAAAGGGGGUUGGUGGGUGAUCUGAACAACAAGCUUUCCGCAACAGAGAAGCUCCACGAUAUGAGUCUCCAGGCAUUGUUGGAGGAGAAGUUGUAUUUCUACGGGAGUUACGAGAAAUGGGUGCUUAACUAUUACACCAUGCGAGAUGUAGUCCUGGGCUCAUUGCCCUGGCCGGUCCGGGUUGUGGUAGGUCUCAUGAUCUACCGCAAGGUCACCCGCAAUCUCCUCGGGCAGGGGACGAUGCUGUUCUCGACCGAGGAGAUUAAUUCGUUUAACCGAGAGAUUUGGGAAAGCGUCGAUGCUGUGCUUGUGGAGGCGAGGUCACGGUAUGUAGAUCGCGCAAGAGAGGGACCGUUCUGGGUUUGGGGAGGCGAUGAACCUACUGAGGUGGAUGCGGUACUUUUUGGGUUUAUUGUUUCUGGGUUGGUUUCUUAUGCGGCGCCAAAUAUGCAGAGGACUGUUCGGGGGUUUCCGGCUCUGGUGGACUAUGCUCGGCGGAUUCAUGAUAGAUAUUUCCCUGACUACGCGCUUUGGGAGUGA